UAUUGAUUUACCAGCGCUCUAUAAAGUUUACAGAAACAUGGCGACUGAAUGCAAAAUACCCAAGUUGUGCCUGGAGGAAGCGCAUUGUGUACCUGAAGAAAAUGUAACAGCUCAGAAAAAUGAACCACAACUACAUUUCCUUCCUACCGACGUCAUACUAGAGGUAGAGGGUCGGGAUAUAUACGUCAACAAACAGGUGUUAGCGGACCACUCACGUGUGUUUAAGGCCAUGUUUGAAUCGGACUUCACUGAAAAACACAAAGAAAGGAUAUCAUUGCCAGAGAAGAAAUAUGCUGACUUUGUGAAUUUAUUAUACACGUUUUAUUACCCGGAACGUGAAGAUCUCAUAACAGAUAAAACGGUAUUGAAGAUAACUCCACUGGCCGAGGAAUAUCAGAUUUCAGUGGUCAAGAAUAAAUGCGAGAAAUUUCUCGAAGAGGUUUGCAAAAGCACCGCUAGAGAUGUAGACAAGCACAUUGAGACAUCUACUCUCGUGGAAUAUACUGCUUGUGCUGAACAAUUUAACAUGAAAUUUGUACUUCCCUCUGCCAUCCAAUUAUGUGCGGAGUGCCCAACAGAGUCUUUAAAGCGAGCAGGAAUCGAGAUUAAGCUUACUGGGGAUUUACGGAAAAGUAUUUCGGAUUGUCGAAAUUCUUUAAUGGAAAAAGAAUUGAAGCCGUACCUUGAUGCAGGUUCAAGAACAGAUUUUUUAAAAAUUGCAGUGUUGCUGUGGGACUCUCAAAGCUCAACUGAGAAAAGAAAAUACGAGGACAGUCUCGUUAGUUUUUGUAAACAUCAAUCGGGGUCGAGUUCAUCACAGCCUUCUGCUAUAUCCUUACACGUACUCCUUGGAUACAUCAUUGCUGCUGAAAGAUUUAAUCUGAGAAAACUCUUGGAGGCAGCGAUAGACCUUGCAUCUAGAUGUAGUUAUAAGAAAUUGAGAAAAGACGAAAGAUACCAAAGAAUUACAGAUUCGUCUAGAACUAAAAUACUUGUAAAAAGAAUGGAAUUAUUUGAGGAUGAGUUUGAUAGCUGGAGGAGAGAAAUAUCAGAAUCAAGAUAUAACGAAAACUAUAACAAAAUACAAUAA